CCCACGAAGCGUGCCUGUCUUUGUCGAGUAGAGCUUUACCCGCUGGUGUGUUUAUUUCUACCACAAAAUUCAACUUCCAAGAAGAAAAGCACGACUGCCAGCGGUGACAGAGGGCGGCGGUACUUUGACCUCUAUUGUCUGCCGGCGUUUUGUCCUUCAGCUGUUUAUAUUUGGCGGCCAGUGUUGGACAGAUAUCGACACAGAUUGACAACAGGGGGGUGGGGGGGAUCGUUAUUAGCUAAGAGCUAACUUCUCUCGACAUAACAGCUGCCUCAGCGCUGUAUGUGCGGCAAUAACAUGUCAGUGCCCUUACCUGCCAUUGUGCCUGCUGCCCGGAAAGCCACUGCAGCGGUGAGUUAACAAGGCGACACGGGACAUCUACAUGUUAGUGAAAGAAGUAGCUGUUAUUGGACAGUAAAGAGCCUAGUUUGUACCAGCAUGUGCGAGUAGACACGGCUGGGCAGAAGCUUUCGCAGGCAUCAGGAUACCACAUGUGAAAUACAUCUGUCCACAUGCCCCAACCAUGCCUGUUACUUUGAACAUGAGGAUGAACAUGCCUUCUUGGUUUGAUAUCUACGGGCUGAGCCCGGAUGCAGAUGAAGACGAAGCCGGAAUUAAGAGAGCAUCAGAUAACCUUAAAGCUCUGAUAGACCAAGAGGUGAAGAAUGGGAUACCUUCACACAGGAUUAUCCUGGGUGGAUUUUCACAGGGCGGAGCGUUGUCUCUCUACACGGCUCUGACGACUCAACAGAAACUUGCUGGGGUGGUCGCUCUGAGCUGCUGGCUUCCUCUUCGCAAAUCCUUUCCUCAGGCGGCCGCCAACAGCCCUAACAAGGACAUGCAUGUCCUGCAGUGCCACGGGGAUUCUGAUCCCCUGGUUCCCUUUAUAUUUGGCAGCCAGACAGCAGAGAAGAUGAAAACUCUCAUCAAUCCUGCCAACAUUACCUUCAAGUCAUACCGAGGUCUACCUCACAGUGCGUGUCCAGAGGAAAUGGUGGAUAUCAAGCGAUUCAUAGAAAAGCAGCUUCCUCCUAUCAGUGACGAAUGAACUUGAGAGGCCUCUCAGCUAAUCAACGUCAGAGUCCUUUGAGCUUGACUGCAGUGAGACUACAUGGACUGGAGGACCACUGACUUACUUGAUGAUAAAAAAAAAAAAA